UCUGACAGUGCAGAUUCAGAAAGGACUUAAACGAAAUUGCGAUGACUUUCUCAAAUACUCCCUUUGGACUUUUUAUUGUUCUUGCCUUGGUGUUUUUAACUUUAACAGUCGUUUUGAAAAAAUGGCACUUUGGUUUACGUGAGGAGGAGGCUUUUGGUGAUGAUGCUCCAGAGCGCAAUAGAUUGCUCCAACAACUCCAGGAAAGGUACCAAGAACUUGAUAAACUUUACGUCACAUCAUCAGAUGAAUUUAUUAGUCCACAUGUAUCUAUAAAUGACAGUAUAGAUUAUAUCAAUGGAGAAAUUGGUGCGGACAACACUGUAACUAUUAAUGAAACGGACAUUGGUUGCGAAGAACUUGCUGGCAUGAAAGCUGUUGACUUCCUUGGUUCGGGUUACACUAAAACAGUGUUGAAAGUAGCGUUACCUCAAGGUUUGUUCGUCGCGCUGAAAUCUGUGAAUCAUCAAGGCACUGACAUGAGGAUGUGCAUGGACGAUUUUAAAGAUUCACAGAGGUGUCUUGAGUUCGUAUCUUUCAAAUUGAGGAAAGAGAUUGCACUGUUGCAAAGAUUGCAGCACCCCAAUAUUGUACAGCUGAAAGGUCAGUGUCAGGACAGUGCUCUGGUUGGUGGCAUCACAGCAGUUCUGGAGCAGGGGACGCCACUUCAGAUGAUACAGCUCCUGCAGAGCCCCUGGGAGGAGCGGUUUCGGGUCUGUCUUGGCUUAGUGAGACUUCUUCAGUAUCUGUCUCAAUCGCCACUGGGUUCUGUGGCCCUGCUGGAUUUCCAGCCUCGACAGUUUGUUAUGGUGUCAGGAGAACUCAAGCUAACUGACUUAGAUGAUGCAAGUAUUAAAGAAACAGCCUGUCGAGAGGACUCUGACUGUGGGCUGCAGUUUCCCCUCCGCAAUUUCACCCUCCGAUGCUCCCCCUCUAGAAUUUGCAAAGGUUUGAAUGAGAUGAGGAACCUCUACAAUGCCUACAGGUAUUUUUUCACCUACCUACUGCCUCAUCAGGCCCCCUCACAGUUGAAACCUCUUAUUCACCACAUAAUGAACUCCACAAGAGAUUUGAAGCAAAGCAUUAAUGAAACACUGAUUGCCUUCGAAGAGGUUUUGCAUAUGUACCAGUCUGGGCUACACCUGGAGAAUUUGCCACCUUCAAUAACCAGAGAUUAUACUGUCCUGAAAGGAAUGAGAAGUGUUGGAAAUAUGGAAUACAGAUGCUGGCCAUCAUACAAACAGCAAGGCUGUCUGCUAUCUGUGCACAGUGCCAAAGAGGCAGCUCUCAUCUGUAGCUCUAACCCACAGUGCACAAGCUUCUCUUUGAGUAAUGACAGAACAUGGACAGGUCGACUUCUUGCCUCUUUCAGAAGUGGCUUCAGCCAUCUGGUUCCAGAUAUAAACUCAGCGGUCUACAUGAGGAAGGUUAAAGCCUUGGGAGCUGUGCCUUGAGAAAGAAAAAUCAAGCAGAACUAGGGGGAAGGGCGUAAUUUUAGACAAAUGAAUGUGUUAUAUUUAUAGGCAUCUUACUCAAUGCUCGUUUGAUCCCUCUGCAAUUCAGCAGACUGCCAAAGAGCAUUUAAAAGGAUUUCCCUUCGGGUAUAUGUCAUUAACCUGAAGGAAAAAAAGAAGAACGAAAAAUACAGCCUUCUUACUUUUUUAUUUUCCUUCUGUCUUGCGUUUACAUGGCACGGUCCACUGAAAGGACAUUCAGUCCAUUUUACGCUGGCUAAUGCCUGCAGGAGAAAAAAAGAAAACAAGCACUUUCACAGAUUUACUUUGAUGUUAAUGAGGCUAGAAGUUUGUAGCGUUUUGUUGAAUGCCAGAAUGUGCUGAGGACCGUGUCAAUAGGCGGAAAAGUGCUGAAACCACAGAAUUGGUAGAGGAAUGUUUAGUGGGAACUAUUGUCCUUCUUGCAUUACUCUGCUUUAUAUAUAUAUAUAUAUAUAUAUAUAUAUAUAUAUAUAUAUAUACACCGAUCAGCCACAACAUUAUACAAUAGCAUUCUGAGAUGAUGUUCUUCUCACCACAAUUGUAUAGAGAGGUUAUCAGAGUUACCAUAGACUUUUGUCAAACCAGCCCAUCUGGCACAAACAAUCAUGACAUGUGAUUAUCUAACCAGCCAAUCAUGUGGCAGCAGUGCAUUGCAUAAAAUCAUGCAGAUACGGGUCAGGAACUUCUUUUAAUGUUUACAUUAACCAUCAUAAUGAGGGAAAAAAUUUGAUCUCAGUGAUUUGGACCUUGGCAUAAUAGUUGGUGCCAGAUGGGCUGGUUUGAGUAUUUCUGUAACUGCUGAUCUCCUGGGAUUUUAACGCACAACAGUCUAUAGAGUUUACUCAGAAUGGUGCCAAAAACAAAAAACAUCCAGUGAGCGGCAGUUCUGUGGAUGGAAAUAUCUUGUUGAUGAGAGGUCAAUGGAGAAUGGCCAGACUGGUUCGAACUGACAAAGUCUAUGGUAACUCAGAUAACCACUCUGUACAAUUGUGGUGAGAAGUAAGUCGGGUUGGCGCUGUUUUGGUGGCACAAGGGUGACCUACACAAUAUUAAGCAGGUGGUUUUAAUGUUGUGUCUGAUCGGUGUAUAUAGUACUACAUACUUCCAUCCCAUGGGUGUGUCAAUUUUGUUGUUCUUUCAGUGAAAGAGAUAUUAAUGUAAUUUGUGAGUAUAUUUUCAUUCUACAUUCUAUGCCAUGUUCUAAUGCUUUUUUCUACAAACUAAUUCAUAGUUUCCUUUUGUAUGUUAUUAUUGCUAGUGGUCAACUGAUACAUCACGAGGCCGAUAAAUCGGCUGAUAUUUUAUAUUUGUACAUGAUCGGCAUAUAGGCCAUUAUGUUUUCCCAUUUGGCAGAUUAGAUUCUUAAUCAGCAACUGCAACGCGAAUCGCCUUAUUGCAUGCAAAGAAGCCAUCUGAGACAUGUAAAUGACCAAUCACAGUUCACUUUGUUUUUACAUGCCAUGUGUUACUGCAAUUAUAGACCGGUGUGCAACAGUCUCAUUUAACGGCCCGCAUAUCAGAGUCACGACAAACAUGUAUGAGCUCAUGUUUAAAGUGCUUGCGUGUUUCAUUCUCCCUCUCUGUGUAUAAUAACAAUAAGACAAAUAUCACAAAACAUUCUAUCAUAUGCCUUCUGCAAAUGCGGAUAUCUCGUUUAAACAUAUUUAAUUUACAAAGCUCUCAAAACUUACGCAAAUCCAUACAGCUCAUAUGGUUAGCCUAAUGUUCACAUAUAGUCCUCUGAAGCAGUUUUUAUAAUAUCCUGGAUAAAGACUGAGUCCCUCUGACUCACAAAUGUGGCGUGACGGUCUAUCUGUGACACUCCAAGCAGGCGAUUAAACUAGAAAGCAGUCAGUAGAUUGCUGCUAUGUCAUGUAAAAUAGCUUGACUUUAUAAUUUUUUUCAUGAAAUUGCGAUUGCUAAUACCCACAUACCAUCGGUGGUGGCUGGACUACUGUGUGCACUGUUAUUUCCUUCUUCCAGUGUAUGAAAAUGUCUUUACUUGCUAACAAUAACUAAAAUGGGAAAACUAAACAGAAACCAGGAGAAACUGCUAUCUAAAACACACAUCUUUUGUUAAAGAUUUUUAUUUUGUAUGAAGUUAAUGUUUUGUGUAAACAUUUGAGUAAAUACAGUGCAAAAUAAAAUUUCUUACAUUUUUUGGCCAAUUUAUGUAUAUGUUUAUUAUUAUUUUAUAUUUGUGUUAUAUAUCUGUCUACCCUAUGGAUAUCGACAUCUGUCAUUAAAAAAAACCAUA